ACAGUGAGUGGGCAACAGCGAGACGAGGAAAGCGGCAGAGAAAUUAACGGGCGGACUCGGGCUCUUGUUCUUCCCACCCAUCUCCACUCCAUCUCGCACCUCCGCAUGCCCUCUUGUUCCUCUCCACCGCUAAACCUCCUCGUCCUCUCGAUCUGCAAUCGCCUCCCCUCUCCUCCUCCUCCUCCUGACUUGGAUCCCGAUCGGAUGAGAUGGCCGACGCCAGCGCCGGCAACAAUGCGGGCAGCACGAGCAACGCCGAGGUCCAGAUACAGAUCCCCGCAGGGCCACCCAAAGCCGAGCCGGGGGCACCAUCAAAGAACUCCGGCGCCAAGAACUGGCGGUGGUGGAUGAUGGUGUCGGUGGACGUCUUCUUCGUCGUCGCCGGCCAGACGUCCGCGACGCUGCUGGGGAGGUACUACUACCACCAGGGCGGCAGCAGCAAGUGGAUAUCAACGUUCGUGCAGACCGCCGGCUUCCCCAUACUGUUCCUCGCCCUCUUGUGUUUCCCCAAGUCGUCCGGCGGCGGCGGCGCCAGCGGCGACGCUCCGGUCGCCAAGGUCGCCGUGAUCUACGUCGUCCUGGGGCUCGUCAUAGCCGCCGACGACAUGAUGUACGCCAGCGGCCUCAAGUACCUCCCGGUCUCCACCUACUCGCUCAUCUGCGCCAGCCAGCUGGCCUUCAACGUCGUCUUCUCGUACGUGCUCAACUCGCAGAAGCUCACCGGCCUGAUCUUCAACGCGGUGAUCCUGCUUACGCUGUCCGACGCGCUUCUCGGGGUGAACCACGACGAGACGGAGGACAUGAGCGGCAUGCCUCGGGGCAAGUACCUCAUGGGCUUCCUGCUGACGCUGGGGGCGUCGGGCACCUACUCGCUCAUCCUCUCCCUCAUGCAGCUCACCUUCGAGAACGUGAUCAAGAAGCACACCUACACGGCCGUGCUCAACAUGCAGAUAUACACGGCGCUCGUCGCCACCGUCGCCUCCAUGGUCGGCCUCUUCGCCAGCGGUGAGUGGAGGAUGAUGACGGAGGAGAUGGACACCUUCCGCUCCGGCCAGUUCUCCUACUUCAUGACGCUGGUGUGGACGGCCGUGUCGUGGCAGAUCACCUCCGUCGGGGUGGUGGGGCUCGUCUUCGAGGUCUCCUCCCUCUUCUCCAACGUCAUCAGCACCGUCUCGCUGCCCAUCGUGCCCCUCUUCGCCGUCCUCAUCUUCCACGACACCAUGGAUGGGAUCAAGAUCAUUGCCAUGCUCAUCGCCGCCUGGGGUUUCGUUUCCUAUCUCAUGCAACACUUCAUCGAUGACAAGAAAGCUAGGAAGGCCGCAGCUGGUGGCUAGCUAGUAUGUAUGGUCCUCUCCUUCGUGCCAUCGAUAGGAAUUAACUUUUUUUUCGCUCUCCUGAUCAUCUCUUAGCUGCGAGGAAACUAGCUCUAUUUAGGAGUUAAUUUGCUAAUACUAUGUUGCAGGAUUUCCUUUUAUAGAGUCGUAUACAUAUCUACUAUGUAUGCUACUGAAUAAAAAUAGGUUGCUUUUAUUCAAAAAUGCUCUUUUAUUCUCAAAUAAUAAAUGCCACACGUCAGGAAUUUAGAUAUUCAA